AUGCAGAAAGGCAAGAGAGAAGCUCCUUCUUCAGAUGGCGUUGGAGAACAACAGGGGGCCCCAGGGGCCCCCGGCAAUGACAGCAGCACGAGGCGUCGUCGUGUGCAGUUUGCUGCUGAGCCAACAUUCCAUGAAGCAGCAGCAACAGCAGCAGAUGAUAAUGAAGAAGAAUCUCCUGCUGCAGUAACAGCAGCAGCAACAGCAGCAGCAGCACGAGCAGCAGAUGACGAAGAUGGACCCGCACUAGCUGAUAUGCUCGAUGCAAAGUAUACAAAGACCAGGGUAGAGGAUAUAAGAAGAAGAAAGAAAUUAAUGUUAGCAGGUGCAGCAAGAUUAGGGUUAGCUGUAGACUUUGAUAUAUCUAAUGCAGCAGCAGCAGCAGCAGCAGCAGGAGAAGAAGACCCUAAUCAGGCGUAUGCAGGAGAGGCUGACGCAGGGGAGGUCCCCUUAGAGCCCUUUAAUAUGCGUCAAGAGAUGCAAGAAGGAGUGUUAGAUGGCGAAGGAAAUUUUUUAUAUAAAAAGAAAAACCCUCAAGAAGUGUUUGAUCCUUGGUUAAGUUCAUUAGAUGAGCAAACCCUUAAUACCCUGCUGCAGCAGCAGCAACAGCAGCAGCAGCAGCAGCAGCAAAUGGCGCAGAUAAUCGUAAAGCCUUUGACGAAGUCACAGAAAUAUGCACAGCACUUCUAG